GCUUACAAGAUUCCAACUAAUGUUGUUCUUCCCUAGGGAGACAAUACACGAGUAAAAGAACAAAAUUUGGGUUCUUUGAAUAUAUGAAAUCACUCGUUGGCUUUGAUAUAUUUAUCGACUAUCAAAUGAUUGAGUAAACUCUACACCCAGUAGGCUCGCUUUGAAACCUUGGAAUAGAAGCAUCAACAGGCUGCCUGACGCUCGAACCAACUCAGUGGUGGAUUACCAACAUAAAACAUCGAACUUUAACAUUUCCGUCAGUUGAAUUCGCCAAUGCUUCCUUCGUUGAUGAGCUACGGAGAAGAGAGAACUGCCCAUUGUUAUAAAGAAUAUGGUGAUGUACCUUGGUGUAAUGCAAUAGGUUUAGACUCAAUAGUGAAAGUUCGUAGAUAUAACGGGGCAACGCAUAUCUUUUACUGUGGAUUUACGCUUGAUUGAUUAUUACGCCAUUAUACAAUCGUAUCUAAUCUUCUUUAAUUGAAAACCUGCAAUCGAGCGAUUAAUUAGGAAUUAUUAUGGGAGAAAUUGAAGUAUUUUAGCAUCUGAAUUGCCGUCUUCAUGAGGAAUAGCUACGAUUAUGGCUGACCAAACACCAUGAUUUGAUAAGGCAGAGGCAUUUGACAAACCAUCUUACACUGCAUCCCAACCUAAAGGAUAUGGUUAAAUGUUUACAUAUGAAAUGUGCAUUUUGGAUAAAGAUUGUAGAAAGUUGUUGUUCGAGUGUUCGGCUUGUGUUUCAUUUGGAGCCGCUUUCGUACUCAUUGUUCUAGUUGUUGGAUUUGCACCACCCUAUCUCCAUGGCAACGGAUUUAAACAGACGAUAUGUGUCGUUAUAGAAACUGGUUACCAUGACGAUAUACCAUGUAAAUGUGGAAGAUGGUCAGUUAUGACACCUGUUCGAUGUCUUCAGGUGUUGGUCAGCUACAGACAGCAAGAUGGAGAAAUUGUACGGAACGUCACCAUACACAGAGAGUACACUGCACGAGGUUGUACUGUCAAAGAGAGCAAUUGUUCAUACGGCGUGUGCUCAGAAGAUCCAGUGAGUGACAUCCAUACGCUUCAGACGUUCAAAUACUACUAUGGCCUCCAAGGUCGAGUGUACGAUUGUUUCUAUGAUCCUACCACCCACAAUAGCCACGCCUAUAUCGAGAGACCACGCCCAGCAACUGUCAUUCACAUGAUUGCCUGGCCGACGGGAUUUCUCCUAAUGUCUCUCAGUGUCUGCGCUGUCAUGGUGAUCAGUUACAUUCGGACAAGAUGGCGGCUGUGCUGUUUCCCUAACAAUGAUGAAGACUCUAGAAUUGUUCAUCUGUCAAAUGAGUUCAGGUAGCUUAAACAAUCUAACCGCAUAUCUACAUUCAAUGUUGACUGGAAUACUAGGCAGCUCGAUAUGCAGACGGCACAAAUCACCGAUUUUAAAAUAUGGAUACUGCUAAGAAUCAUGUGUAAAUACGAUUAUAUCCUUCAUCAGAGAUUAUGGACAUGCAUUGCAUAUAAUAACCAAGACCUUCAUAUAUAAGUAAUGAUAAAGACUGUAAGCACCAAUAGUUAUGGACAAAUAGGCACGCAUACUGACGUCAAAAAUCUAGCCCUGCAUACUGAUGCCAUGACAUCUAGCCGUGCAUACUGACAUCAACACAUCUAGCCUGCAUACUGAUGUCAUGACAUCUAGCCUUGCAUACUGAAGUCAAAACAUCUAGCAAUGCAUACUGAUGUCAUAUGACAUCUAGCCUCCCAUACUGACAUCAUGACAUUUAACCUUGCACACUGAUGUCAGGACAUCUAGCCUUACAUACAGACAUCAUGACCU